UCGUUCGUCAUCAGGGCUGGUCGUUUUGUCGCGCUCGGCCUUCUUGAUGCUAUGCGAGAUGCAUUCGAAGUUUUGGUUUCUCACGGACUCCUUCCCCCUGAGGAAAUUGCAUGCUAAGCUGUGAUCUAAGAAUCUCGGUUCGAAAUGGGUGAAGAUAGUGACUUCACUCGCAUCAAGGUGAGAAAGCUGAAAGACAACCCCGAUGUUCCUGAUGAUGCAGGAGGUCGAUGCCGUUGCUAUGCCUCAUUGCAGUCGAAACUCGACGCUGCUAGUGUCAAGGUUCAAGGAUUUCUCGAAUAUUACUUCUACAGGAUUGGCGUGAUCAUUGGAGAAUACCCGGUUCCAACCAUAAUUUCUUCGCUUUUAUUGGUUCUUGCGUUAAGUUUUGGAAUGCUUUUUUUCGACAAACGGGAUGACCAAGAUGUUUGGCUACCAAAGGAAUCAGAACUUCACCAAAAGAAAGAGUGGAUUCAAGAAAAUUUUCCAGCGAGGGUUUAUCAAGAAACAGCUUUAAUUGUUGCGGAAAACGUCUUGAAGCCCGAUAUCCUUGAACUCAUGGAAGAUCUGAAUAGCAUUGUUGCUGAUGUGAAACUCAAUGAUGUAUCAUGGGAAUCACUUUGCGCAAGACCUGGUUCUAUGAUAUCUGUUGGUGCUGAAGCGACGGGGGACGGAAAGGGCCUAUCCUCAGAAACUAAAACCAUGGACCAUGCUGAUCGAAAAUCGAAGGCAUUGAAGAUUGAUUUUUCAUCUUUAUUCGGCUUCGAAAUCCCUUCUGAUGUUCAAGCUAUAUACGACGACUACCUGGGGCACAUGGAAAAAGGUGGGCCAUGUCUCACCACAAGUAUUCUGCCCGUUUUUCGUGUUGCUCGUGGGCAGCGAUUCAAUUCAACUUCUGCUACUGAAGCGAACAUUUUAUCCAAGAUAACGAACGAAUUGCGCAAAACAUCUUCGCUGAGUGAGACCCGUAACGUGAGCUUAUUAUUGUCCGGUAUUGAUGUUGGCCCGAAAGGGGAAAUUCUCGGUGCUACUGCUGCAUUGAUGAUUUGGUUGGUCAAGGCUCCCCCGGGAGUGGAAAACUCUCCCGAGAAUCGUGUCAUCCGGCUUUGGGAGAGAGAACUUGUGAACAAAAUCUUGAGUUUUGGCAGAGCCAAGACACAGGUGAAGAUAUUUGUGUUCACCCAUUUCAGUUUCAUCGACGCAAUGAUGCAAAUGCUAGAUGAAAAUAUGCCAGUACUUUUUGUUGGAUUUUUCCUCAUCUUGGUCUACGUGACGAUAACCUUGGGGAAGUUCAAUCGUCUAGAACAUAGGAUUUACGUGUCUCUAAUAGGCAUUGGAAAUGUUGGACUGAGUAUUUUGGCUUCGUAUGGUCUUUGCUCGUAUGCGGGUCUGUUUUUUGGACCAAUCCAUCCGAUUUUGCCGUUCUUGCUUCUGGGGAUAGGAGUUGAUGAUAUGUUCGUGAUCGUCCAGGCGAUGAAAACUGUGAAAGGGUCAGAUAAAGGUAUCCCUGUUCCUGAAAAAAUGGGAUUAACCCUUAAAAGUGCCGGAGUUUCCAUCACGAUUACUUCUGCUACCGACGUACUGGCGUUUUCCAUUGGAGCUACAACUGUUGCAUCAAUCGUCCUUGCGCUGGUUUUAGUGUGCGUCAAUGGAUAUGGAGUUUACAACAUGCAGCACAAUUUCGACCCUAGGAAGUACAUUGCGCUAGAUUCCUAUCAGGAUCACUACUUGAAAGCUGUUCAUCAGUACUUCCCACGAGACGGAGAGCCCGGGUCAUUUUACAUUGGAAAUAUUGAAUAUUGGCAAGAAACAGAAAAUCUUGAACGUUUGUAUCGCUACGUGAUGGGCAAUAAAUACAUCCGCCAGGAGAAAGUCGACUUCUGGCAUCACAGCUUUCUGGUGUGGAUGAGGAAGCAAAAAUUGAUGGCUCCCAAGUUUGAAGAUGAGUUUGAAUUUCAAGAGCUGCUUCGAGAAUUUCUUUUGUCGACACCUGACGGGUUGGAAUAUAUUCAAGAUAUUUUGUUGAAUGGGACUCUUCUGGGAGAAUUCAGAAUCAUUGCUAGUCGAUUGAAAUUCAAGCAUGUUCGAAUGACCAGAAGCGAAGAAAAGGAAGCUGCAAUGGAAGCGGUGUUUUGUAUUGAAAAGGCUGUGAAUUUUACUACCGCACCUGCUGAUGAUAUCCCAUUACUUGGAUAUGCUCCUGUUUAUACCCCGUGGCAAGCCAAUGUCAUCAUUAGCGGCGAGUUGGUGCGGAAUUUAGGACUGACAAUGGCGUCUGUCUUUGUCAUCACGCUGGUCCUGAUCGGUGACAUCCGAGUCAGCGUUUGGGUGUUCAUCUGCGUCGCAUUCAUUCUUACUGAUAUCGGUGGAUCGAUGCAUUUCUGGGGACUCACCAUUGAAAUUGUCACUUCGAUUAGCUUGAUUCUGGCUGUAGGAUUAGCUGUGGAUUAUUCUGCUCAUGUUGGGCACAUGUACGUUGCGCUCAAGGGGCAAAGAGAAGAGCGGGCAAAAGAAACAUUGGUGAGAAUCGGUCCGGCCGUCUUCAAUGGAGCGUUCAGCACUUUCCUUGCAUUCGUGUUAUUGGCGAAUACCGACUCUUACGUCUUUUCUGCAUUUUUCAAGGCGUUUUUCUGCGUGGUCGUCUACGGAGUUUUCCACGGUCUGGUUUUCCUCCCAGUGGUAUUGUCACUGGUGGGACCUUCGAUGUCCUUGAAAAAAUCUUCUUCGGAAGAUGACGAAGACGGAAACAAAACGUGUGAGGUUUCCAAAGAGUUGCUUGAGAACUGCGACGGGAGUGCGAGUCAUGAGGGCAGUGCAGAACCAUUACCGUGUUGUAACGUGAGCAGAGGUAGGAGUAGCUUGGAAGAUGGGGGUGGCGGUGGUGGGUCUUCUACGGGUGACAGAGGAGACGGAGGCAGCUCCAAUCUGGAAUUCGUUUUCUACGAAUCACAUAUCAUCGAGUGCAUAUGUACGAUGGCAUUGCCGAAAGUACGAGAUGAAGAAAGGGAAUCGAAGUACGGGUAUGUUUUCGCAGUAUCUGGACCUGUGGUUACUGCCGAGCGUAUGUCUGGCUCCGCGAUGUACGAAUUGGUCCGUGUGGGCCAUCAAGAACUUGUUGGAGAAAUUAUUCGGCUCGAAGGAGACAUGGCUACAAUUCAAGUUUACGAAGAUACUUCUGGGGUAACUGUCGGAGAUCCAGUGUUGAGAACCGGUAGUCCGUUAUCAGUAGAACUCGGGCCAGGAAUAAUGGGAAGCAUUUUCGAUGGCAUCCAGCGUCCUUUGAAAGACAUUUGUGAAAUUGUCGACAGCAUUUACAUUCCAAAAGGAAUCAACGUUCCCGCUUUAUCGAGAAACAAUCGCUGGGAUUUCCAACCAUCAAAAAUAAGGGAAGGGGCGCAUGUGACGGGAGGCGAUGUGUUUGGCUUUGUUCCCGAGAAUACGCUGAUCAAGCACAAGUUAAUGUUAUCGCCGAGGGCAAAAGGAACCGUAACUUACCUUGCGCCCCCCGGUACCUACUCCGUUGCUGAUGUGCUGAUGGAGACAGAGUUUCAAGGAGAGAAAAGCAAACACACAAUGCUUCAAGUUUGGCCCGUACGUCAACCCCGUCCAGUUGCGGAAAAAAUACCUGCGAAUCACCCGCUACUCACUGGACAAAGAGUAAUCGAUGCGCUCUUCCCUUCCGUUCAAGGAGGAACUACCGCCAUUCCUGGUGCUUUUGGCUGUGGGAAGACCGUCAUUUCGCAGUCGCUUUCGAAGUAUUCCAACUCAGAUGUCAUCAUUUAUGUCGGCUGCGGAGAACGUGGCAAUGAAAUGGCAGAAGUAUUGCGAGACUUCCCAGAACUGUCUGUGGAAAUUGACGGCAACGUUGAAUCCAUCAUGAAACGAACUGCUCUGGUAGCGAAUACGUCAAAUAUGCCGGUCGCCGCUCGUGAGGCGUCCAUCUACACUGGAAUUACCUUGUCCGAAUACUUCAGAGACAUGGGUUACCACGUGUCUAUGAUGGCCGAUUCAACAUCUCGUUGGGCUGAGGCUUUGCGAGAAAUUUCCGGUCGAUUGGCAGAAAUGCCCGCUGACUCCGGUUAUCCAGCUUAUCUUGGAGCUCGUUUGGCAAGUUUUUACGAACGAGCUGGAAGAGUAAAGUGCUUGGGCAAUCCGGAAAGAGAGGGUUCUGUUUCGAUCGUCGGUGCGGUAUCUCCUCCUGGCGGUGACUUCUCCGAUCCAGUCACCUCGGCUACAUUGGGAAUUGUGCAGGUGUUCUGGGGUCUGGACAAGAAACUGGCUCAGAGAAAGCAUUUUCCUUCACUGAACUGGCUGAUCUCUUACAGCAAAUACACGAGAGCAUUGGACGACUAUUAUGAGAAAAACUUCCCGGACUUCGUCCCGUAUCGUACUAAAGUUAAGUCGAUUCUCCAAGAAGAAGAAGAUCUGGCUGAAAUCGUUCAACUUGUGGGCAAAGCUUCACUUGCUGAGGGUGACAAAGUUACUCUCGAGGUUGCGAAGUUAAUCAAGGAUGACUUCUUGCAACAGAACGGAUAUUCAGCAUAUGAUCGGUUCUGUCCGUUUUACAAAACCGUCGGAAUGAUCCGGAACAUUGUGGCAUUUUAUGAUCUCGCAAAACACACAGUUGAGUCGACCGCUCAAACAGAGAACAAAAUUACAUGGAACGUCAUUCGAGAGAGCAUGGGCAACAUAAUAUAUCAGCUGUCCUCCAUGAAAUUCAAGGAUCCCGUGAAGGACGGUGAAGCGAAGAUCAAGGCUGAUUAUGACGAGCUUCAUGAGCAAAUGCAGCAGUCGUUCAGAAACUUGGAGGACUUAAUUCGAGAUGAAGAACAGGAGUCGAGGUAUGGAUACGUGUUCGCGGUUUCUGGACCCGUUGUUACCGCCGAACGAAUGUCAGGGUCCGCUAUGUACGAGUUGGUCCGUGUGGGCCAUCAAGAACUCGUUGGAGAAAUUAUUCGGCUCGAAGGAGACAUGGCUACAAUUCAAGUUUACGAAGAUACCUCAGGGGUAACAGUUGGUGAUCCGGUAUUGAGGACAGGUAGUCCGUUAUCAGUAGAACUCGGACCAGGAAUAAUGGGGAGCAUUUUCGAUGGUAUCCAGCGUCCUUUAAAAGAUAUUUGCGAAGCCAUUCAAAGCAUUUACAUUCCGAAAGGAAUCAACGUUCCGGCCUUAUCAAGAGAGCAUCGUUGGGACUUCCAGCCAGCAAAAAUCAAGGUGUCGUUGCGUUUCCAAUGUUGUAUUUUCGGUUUACUUCAGCCGUUCUUUUAUAUUCGUAGAAUAAAAUUUGAACCAAGAGGCUAUUUUUAUUGGAGCUCACCUUCAAAUCACAGUAGAAGGGCUCAUGUCACUGGAGGAGAUAUUUUUGGUCAAGUGCCAGAGAAUACCUUGAUCAAGCACAAACUGAUGCUUCCUCCUCGAGCUAAGGGAACUGUGACGUACAUUGCUCCACCUGGCAGCUAUAGCGUUUCUGACGUUCUGUUGGAAACAGAAUUCAGCGGAGAAAGGAACAAGUACACCAUGCUUCAGAUUUGGCCGGUUCGACAGCCGCGACCAGUGGCUGAGAAAAUCCCUGCCAAUCAUCCGCUUUUAACUGGACAGCGCGUCAUCGAUGCUCUCUUUCCUUGCGUUCAAGGAGGAACUACCGCCAUUCCUGGUGCUUUUGGUUGUGGAAAGACCGUCAUUUCGCAAUCACUGUCUAAGUAUUCCAACUCAGACGUCAUCGUUUAUGUCGGCUGCGGAGAGCGUGGCAAUGAAAUGGCAGAAGUGUUGCGGGACUUCCCAGAACUGUCUGUUGAAAUUGACGGUCACGUGGAAUCCAUCAUGAAACGAACUGCCCUGGUGGCGAAUACGUCAAAUAUGCCUGUGGCCGCUCGUGAGGCGUCCAUCUACACUGGAAUUACCUUGUCAGAAUACUUCAGAGAUAUGGGUUACAACGUGUCUAUGAUGGCCGAUUCAACAUCACGUUGGGCUGAGGCUUUGCGAGAAAUUUCCGGUCGAUUGGCAGAAAUGCCUGCUGACUCUGGUUAUCCAGCUUAUCUCGGUGCUCGUUUGGCAAGUUUUUACGAACGAGCUGGUAAAGUGAAGUGCUUGGGCAAUCCGGAAAGAGAGGGUUCUGUUUCGAUCGUCGGUGCGGUAUCUCCUCCUGGCGGUGACUUCUCCGAUCCCGUCACAUCAGCUACUUUGGGAAUUGUGCAGGUGUUUUGGGGUCUGGACAAGAAACUGGCUCAGAGGAAGCAUUUUCCUUCACUGAACUGGCUGAUAUCUUACAGCAAAUACACGAGAGCAUUGGACGACUAUUAUGAGAAAAACUUCCCGGACUUCGUCCCGUAUCGUACUAAAGUCAAGUCGAUUCUCCAAGAAGAGGAAGAUCUGGCUGAAAUCGUUCAACUUGUUGGCAAAGCUUCACUUGCUGAGGGUGACAAAGUUACUCUCGAGGUUGCGAAGUUAAUCAAGGAUGACUUCUUGCAACAGAACGGAUAUUCAGCAUAUGAUCGGUUCUGUCCAUUUUACAAAACUGUCGGAAUGAUCCGGAACAUUGUGGCAUUUUAUGAUCUCGCAAAACACACCGUUGAGUCGACUGCUCAAACAGAGAACAAAAUCACGUGGAACGUAAUUCGAGAGAGCAUGGGCAACAUAAUUUAUCAGCUGUCCUCCAUGAAAUUUAAAGAUCCCUUGAAGGACGGGGAAGCGAAGAUCAAGGCUGAUUAUGACGAGCUUCAUGAGCAAAUGCAGCAGGCGUUCAGAAACUUGGAGGACAUGUAAAUCCGGACGGACUGUCGACCGGAAUUUCGAAGUGCAAUGUGGAAGUGGUAUGAAGCGUGCGUUGGUACUGUUCUUCCUGUCUACAUAAUAUGUUCUGCGUCAAGAGCUAUAGUCCGGCCUUGAGAUAUCUAAGAGGCUAACGUAUCACUGGAGUAUCUUGAGCAGGAAGAAUAAUUCUUAAUCCUCUGUAUUCAUUCAGCGAAAUAUUUUCCUUCAUUACCGUAUGUGUGGACUAGAGUGCGACCUUGUGAUCGUUCAAGUUGGGAAGGUUUUAGGAUUUAUGUUGAAAAUCAAUUCAGAAUUGUAUUUAAUGGCAUUCCUGUUCCGGAUUAAAUUGAAUCGCCUUGCGUUGUCUAAGGCAGUUUAAUUUUUUUGCUUUGUCGUUAUUGGUGUUGGAUUGCAAAUUGAAGCGAAUAAAUGCAUUCCGCUUGUUAUCUGAACUUCCAGUCGUAA